AUAAUGAAACAAUAUCUCAUAAGCUAUGCUAUGCGACUUCUUUUUUAUAUGACAUUCCCUUGCAACUAAAUUUAAUAGUUGCAUCUACAGCGAGUUUGUAUUCAUCGGACGGUGGAUUAUUCUCCCUCGCUUCACACGAACGUCCUGGAUUUCUUCCUGUUUAACAGAUCACAAGGGAAAUAUUAGCCAACAUUUGAGAUAGUUCAGGUACUUAUUUACAGGUUUAUUAACAGAACAGAUCGAUUUGGGUUUCUGGUAUAUCUCACCACAGGGGAGAACGCUUAUCUUGUAUAUCACUGUAGCAAAAUAAUGGCUUUUGCAAGCAAACUUGGAAACCUUUUGAGACAAAGCAAAUCUAAGCACACAAGCUUUAAUGGAUCUACAUCCAUGCCAUCAAUAUAUCAAGCAUUACGACACAUGUCCUCGUCAAGGCUUUUUGUUGCAGGUCUGUCCUAUGCAAUCGAUGAGCAGUUUCUAAAGGAAUCAUUUACUGAAUUUGGUGAAAUUACCGAAGCAAGAAUUAUUUAUGACUGGGACAGUGGUAGGUCGAGAGGUUUUGGUUUUAUCAGCUUCACUUCUGAUGAGGAGGCUGCUUCUGCCUUAAAAAGCAUGGAUGGCAAGCAACUCAGUGGACGGAUACUUCAUGUCAAUUAUGCUAAUGAAAGAAGAAGUGGCUUCGGAGGUGGCGGCUACGGUCAGAAUGAUGGGUAUGCAAGUGGAGGUGGCUACAACCGGAAUGAUGGAUAUGGAACUACCACUGCCUAUAGCCAAAACAACAACAAUGAUCAGUAUGGAAAUGGAGGUGGUUAUAGUCAGAGCCAGAGUGAAUAUGGAUCUAGUGGUGGUUUUGGUGAUAAUGAUGGGCAUGGAAGUGGUACUGUUGGGAUGGUCGAUGGUGACAUAGGAUAUGAUAAUGAAUCUGGUGAUAAUGUUGGCAAUAUGGGCAAGGGCUAAUAAGUAAUAAGUAAUAAGUUGUUUCCUUGGCCAUUUUUGCAGUUUGCAAAAAGUUUUGCCAUGUGCGAUUCCUAGGGUUAUGUUUCUGCUUUUAUUGAAAUGCAUCUUUGGGAACUUUGGGUUGUUUUAGCUAUCUGUGCACUCUGGUCCCAAAGCAUGGUGUCCCAGCCUGUAGGAUACAAAUGAUGAUUUAUAGCAGUCAGAUGUAUUGCAACUAAACUUGCACAAGGUCACUCAGCCCCAGGAACAAUGUUGUGUUAUUGUAGUUAGAUAUCUGUUUCCAUUUGUUCAAAUUUGUUGAGAAUCAACACCAUAUAUUAUCUUCCAAUGGUUGGAAUGCUUUUUUGUAGGACUAGUUCUGCUGGGAAGCUAGAAAUCUUGAAUACUGAAUAGGUAUGAUUUUAAACUUUUUUGGCAUUUUACUUUUA